AGCCUUGAAGUGUCACAAGUUUGAAAAGAAAAAAAGAAAAUGGGUUCAAGGCGUGUAGGUGUAUUGACCCUAAGUCUUGUUAUUGUAGCGUCACUGGUGUCCGCUGCAAUGUGCGGCGUUCCCAGAAGACCCGUUGAUGUUCAAUUUGGCCGUAACUAUGUUCCCACUUGGGCCUUUGACCACAUCAAAUACUUCAAUGGCGGUUCUGAGAUUCAGCUUCAUCUUGAUAAAUAUACUGGCACUGGAUUCCAGUCCAAAGGUUCAUACUUGUUUGGUCACUUCAGCAUGUACAUCAAGAUGGUUCCUGGUGAUUCCGCUGGCACUGUAACCGCUUUCUAUUUGUCUUCACAAACUGCGGAGCAUGAUGAAAUAGACUUUGAGUUCUUGGGGAACAGAACAGGACAACCUUACAUAUUGCAAACCAAUGUGUUCACCGGAGGUAAAGGUGAUAGAGAACAGAGAAUCUAUCUCUGGUUUGAUCCCACCAAAGAAUACCACAGAUAUUCAGUUCUAUGGAACUUGUAUCAAGUUGUGUUCUUUGUGGAUGAUGUACCAAUUAGGGUGUUCAAGAACUGCAAGGACUUGGGUGUGAAAUUCCCAUUUGACCAACCAAUGAAAAUCUACAACAGCUUAUGGAACGCAGAUGAUUGGGCCACAAGGGGUGGUUUGGAGAAAACAGAUUGGUCGAAAGCACCAUUCAUAGCUUCCUACAAAGGCUUCCACAUUGAUGGUUGUGAAGCCUCCGUUGAAGCCAAGUUCUGUUCCACUCAAGGUAAGAGAUGGUGGGACCAACAAGAAUUCAGAGACCUUGAUGCUCUUCAAUGGAGGAGGCUUAGAUGGGUUCGCCAGAAGUUCACUAUUUACAACUAUUGCAAUGAUCGAAAGCGUUACCCUACUCUUCCUCCUGAAUGCUUUAGAGACCGUGACAUUUAAUUUAAGAAUAUAAUAUAACAUUAUAAGAUGUGUCAUUUCUUAUACUUUAUAUUAUAUUCUUAUUUUAUGCAUUAUUGCUUCUCUUAUUUGCUUUCCUAUUAUUGUAUUGGUUAUAUUUACCACUUACCUUACCACAUUAUUAUCAUCAUUUAUUGUUAUGAGAGCUAUGUAAUUAAGAAGUGGAGGUGCCUCUCUCUCUCUCUCUCCCACAUUCUGUAAUGUAUUUUACUUAUUUUUAUAUCACUAUAUAUUAUACUUCUACUUGUC